AUGCUUCAGAAUAGACUCGAUCGUAUCGAGCUGCUCAUGCACAAUAUGAUUGAUCGAAUGGGUGGAAUGGAGUCUCGGAAAGUGCCUUCACCUUCUCGUGAUAUUCGUCCUAGUGCCGAUGGUCUGUCUACAUCUUCUGAGCUGCCUUCUCUGGAUGCCAGCUUCAAGGAUGAGGAUGUUGAGUCUCAGGAUUUUCAAAUCAACGGCCUGGUUCCCAAACGUACUGCUAGUACAUUGCUGCCUGAGAAACGCCCCAGAGAUACAUUUUUCCAGCAGGCCAAGUCGAUCUUGUCGAAAACUAUUGACGAGAGCUCUGAAGAGACACAAAGACCGCACCACAUUUUACAAUACAAGGGUUUGCACUCGGGAAUCGUUUUUCUUUUCAGCUCACAGAGUAUCGAGUGGAUCAAGUCUCGCCUUAGGCCAGAAGACCAUAAUAUUGUGACACCUUUUCAGACGCUUCUUUUUUAUUUCAAUGCUUGGAAGCAGCUAUUCCUGAGUGUUUGGACGGAUGUGAAGACCUACCCCAAGGAGGAUGUCAAGAAGCUCAAAGAGGGCGUGUACCCUCACGACAAACAGCUCACGUUCGAGCUUCUUAGACAGUACGAUUGCAUCACUUUGGCAGACUUUAUCUGUCCCGUGGAGGAGGUGAAAGCGUUAUUCGUCAAGUACUACGCGAAUAAGCUGUCUCCCCGACUGAAGAAGCGCCGCUUUUUGUUUUCUGAAUUCAUGCUUAUGAACUUGAGUUUAGCUAUUUCGAUCUCUGUGGCCAUUGACCAGAAGAGCACUGAUGUUGUAUCUCCCGGGCUUAGUGAAUGCCCGAAGCUCGAAGCCAUGUCCAUUGAACUGCUCGCGACAUUGCAAGAAGAGAUGUUCCUAAAUUCUGUAUUUUAUUUCCACACUAUUAGUGUCGUGAGUGAGGGCAUGGUCACCAUUCAAGCCCUUUUGUUACUUGCCACCCAUUUGGAGACCACUUGGGUUAUCACGGAUGUCAACUACAGUUUUGUGAGCAUGGCGCUGCGAUACGCUCAAGAAAUAGGCCUUCACCGAUUCGAGACUUUCCAGCACUUACCUCAAGAGGAGAGAAAUGCUAGAGGUAGACUUUGGGCUGCCGUACAAUGCUUUGACGUGGAGAUCAGUCACAGAACAGGUAAACCACCAUCGGUCAACAUGGUGGAUGUAUCGACUUUGACACCAAUGGAUCCAUGGCAUGUCCCUGCGCUUUUGUCAACAAAUGAAGUCAAGAAAUUGCAGCUACAAUGUGGCGCUGAACGUUACUCUUUGGAUGAGAUUUACGUGCAUUUCUAUGUUUACAAGCUUUCCCAACUUCGAGCAUUUUCCUACUUCCAGCUUUUUAGUGCAACGGUUAAGUACGACAGUCUCAAGACUAUUCAAGACAUCGUUAGCCUGUUGAAUAAUGAGUUGGACUCCUACUUGAACGAGAUAAAGGAGGAGUAUCGCCCAAGACAUUACUACGAGCCCCAGUUUAACUCUGUCGUUGAGAGAUUUUUCAUGGAUAGGAAAAUGACGAGAGCUGAUGAUAGUCUUUUAUCACUCCAUCUUACAUUCUUUUAUCAGUUGAUGACUAUCAACAAGGUGCCUUCUCAGAUUGAACCAAAUGAUGGAGCUUUGCCGUAUGAAAAUACUUGCUACAGGAAAUUAUCGUGGGAAAGUGCCCGUACUAUUCUCCACAUAAUGAGACGUGUGAAUAGGCGCUGUUUACCAUUCUUUGGUUUGAAUUGGAUGAUAUACUAUCCAUUUGUUGCUGCUAUGAACUUGCUGGCAAAGUGCUUCAAUCAUUCGGACGAUGAAGACAGUUUCAAGGAUUUGCAAUUGCUCAUUGAUUUGUCGAUGAACUUUUUCAACCACUAUAGUCAUCAAGCCAAUCAACCGUCGACUAGGUUACUUUACUUGAGAUUGCAUCUUAUUGACACCCUUGUGAGAAUUCUCUUGAGAAUCUGUAUCAAGGUUUUUGAGAGCACCACAGGAUACGAUCUCCUUAGCGGAAAUCCUGCUCUCAGAGCUCACUUGGAACAUGUCGAAAAGGAGUUCCCGCAAUUCUACACUAAGAUCAAUGACACCACCGAUUUGUUGAAUCUCAUGAAUUGCAUGCAUAACACUCAUGAGGUGAAGUUCCGUCAACAUAAGUACACUCCGCUGUACGACACAUCGUCUAAUGCGUCAAACCAAGAUUUCACUCCAACUUAUAUGGAGAACUUUGAAAGUCAAUCUCCAAGAAAAAAUGAUCCCACCCUUUCUAAUAUAAUUCAUCCAGUGGAUUUCCCCAGCGUGAGGGACUCAGACAGAAAAGAUUUUAAUAUCGACGACGAUUUCCUUCUUGCCGCUGUGAACCAGGAUUUCCUGAAUAUUCCUAACUUUUUCUUUGAUAAUGGGCUUUAA